AACUUCACCGACGGGAACGAGCUGCUGGCCUUCCAGCCCGGCCUGACACCCAGUGAGAGGGAGGCUCUGCUCAUGCUGUUCCAGAAUUUCGUCCGAGCGUGCCUAAGGUUCAACGUCCCGUUUUUAAUCUACGGCGGCACUCUGCUGGGCUCGCUGCGUCACCACGACAUCAUUCCCUGGGACGACGACAUCGACGUCAUCGCCAACUCGUCGGACAGAGCAAGACUGCGUCACGCGCUCCGCUCGGUGCCGGGUGAUUUUGGGCUCAACAGUCCUCGCGGACAGCGCUGGAAGUUUUACUGGACCAAGCCCAAGACCAUUCCACACAAACCGUUUCGCUGGCCUUACAUUGAUAUUUUCUUUUUCCUAGAGAACGCCACGCACAUUUUCGACGAAAGCUUCGACUACCGGGCAACGUUCUCAUUCCCCAAGCAACUCACAUUCCCGCUUUGCCUACGGCCGUUCGCCGGUGCCUUACUGCCAGCGCCACGGGACUCUGACGCCGUCGUCAAGAGAAACUACUCUCCCAGCCUCUGUACUUCCCUCAGCUACUCCCACAAGCUGGAGUCCCACACGCUACAGAAGCUCAGGGCUACUCUCCCUUGUAAGCGCCUCCACGGAUUAUACCCUUUUGUUCGUCGUGAGCUCAAAGAUGGCCUUAUUCACGAGAGAUUAUCUUUUAGAGAUCAAGUUCUUCGGACGUUUGUAGUGACGGAGAGUUGC